UGUGUAGAAUAAUGGUCAAAGAAGGUUAUAGUAGUGGAUAACCAUUAAAAUUAUUCAUAUUGAAUUGGUACUAUUUGGACAAUUAUCUUUUUUUUAAAUUACUUAUUUCACAGAAAACGUUAUCUUCAAUUGAUCGAUUAGUAGUAAUUCUCAAAUAAUAAGAUUAAUUUUGGAACAGAAUUUUCUGUAAAAAUGAAAAUGAAAAUCAGGCAGAAUACAGUGUAUUUAUGUACGUCAAUGUACAUACAAGUUAAAGUGUAGUCGCGGAACUGUUUGCAUGUAGAGCCUAAGUAUUGUUGAUAGAAUAAUCAACUUGUUUUCUAGUAGAAAGAUAUAAGUUUCUAGUAUAUUCAAGUCCCUAGACACGUAACCUCCUUGGAGGUUUAUAUUUAAAUUGAAAUGGCUACUGAUAAAGUAACUUUGAGCGAUGCUUUAUCCAAUGUUGAUGUGCUUGAUGAAUUUACAUUACCAGAUGAACAACCAUGUAUCGAAGCGCAACCAUGUUCUGUAGUAUAUUUAGCCAAUUUUGAUACUAAUUUUGAAGAUAGAAAUGGUUUUGUUACCGGGAUUGCCAAGUACAUUGAGGAAGCUACGGUUCAUGCAAGUUUGAACGAAUUGUUAGAGGAAGGUUUGAAACAUGCUGUAAUGUUAUAUACAUGGAGAUGUUGCUCGCGUGCAAUUCCUCAACCAAAAUCUAACGAACAACCAAAUAGAGUAGAGAUUUAUGAAAAGACAGUAGAGGUAUUAGCACCAGAAGUAAAUAAGUUAUUAAAUUUUAUGUACUUUCAAAGAAAGGCAAUUGAAAGAUUUUCGGGCGAAGUGAAACGCUUGUGUCAUCACGAGAAAAGGAAAGACUUUGUUUCCGAAGCAUAUCUGCUUACUUUAGGAAAAUUUAUCAAUAUGUUCGCAGUUUUGGACGAACUGAAGAAUAUGAAAUCUAGCGUGAAAAAUGAUUAUUCUACCUAUAGAAGAGCUGCCCAAUUUCUUAAAGUCAUGUCUGAUUCACAGACAUUACAAGAAUCACAAAACUUAUCAAUGUUUUUAGCUACACAGAAUAAAAUUCGUGAUACUGUAAAAGAGAAUUUAGAAAAAAUUGCAGGAUAUGAAGAAUUACUUGCAGAUGUUGUCAAUAUAUGUGUUCAUAUGUUCGAGACUAAGAUGUAUUUAACACCGAACGAAAAGCAUAUGUUGGUAAAAGUCAUGGGAUUUGGCCUAUUUUUGAUGGACAGUGAAUUAUGCAACAUUAAUAAACUAGAUCAAAAAAAGAAACUAAAGUUAGAUAGAAUUGAUAGAAUUUUUAAAAACUUAGAGGUAGUGCCGUUGUUUGGUGAUAUGCAAAUUGCACCCUUUAAUUACAUCAAACGGUCUAAACAUUUUGAUGCAUCAAGGUGGCCAUUGUCUUCGUCAUCAAAUAGUAUAAGCCCGCAAGCGGAUCUUAUGGUACACCUUCCACAAAUUAGGGAAGAUCAUGUAAAAUACAUUAGCGAAUUAGCAAGAUACAGUAAUGAAGUGACUACAACAUACAAAGAAUGCGGGAGUGACACAGAAAAUCGAGAAACUGCUGAAUUAGCAUUACGUGGAUUGCAAUUACUUUCUCAAUGGACAAGCGUAGUAACGGAACUUUAUAGUUGGAAACUUCUUCACCCCACCGACCAUCAUAUGAAUAAGGAGUGCCCACAAGAAGCUGAAGAAUACGAAAGGGCUACACGUUACAAUUACACAGAUGAAGAGAAAUUUGCUUUGAUAGAAGUUAUAGCAAUGAUCAAGGGAUUGCAAGUGCUAAUGGCACGUAUUGAAACUGUUUUUAUUGAUGCAAUACGUAGAAAUAUAUACGCGGAAUUACAAGAUUUCGUGCAACUUUCUCUACGAGAACCAUUGCGUAAGGCAAUAAAAAAUAAAAAAGAUCUAAUUAGGAGUAUAAUUGUAUCCGUAAGAGAAACUUGCGCAGAUUGGCAUUUUGGAGUGGAGCCAUUAGGGGAUCCUGCACUGAAAGGAAAGAAAGAUCCUGAUAAUGGGUUUGGUAUAAAGGUACCACGGAGAAAUGUUGGGCCUUCUUCAACACAGCUUUAUAUGGUUCGUACUAUGUUAGAAUCAUUAAUUGCUGAUAAGAGUGGCGGUAAGCGUACAUUGAGAAAAGAUAUCGAUGGUCAAUACCUUGUACAAAUUGAUCAGUUUCAUAAAACUAGUUUUUAUUGGAGUUAUCUCUUAAAUUUUAGUGAAUCAUUACAAGACUGUUGUGAUUUAUCCCAAUUAUGGUACAGAGAAUUUUACUUAGAAAUGACCAUGGGCCGAAAAAUACAGAAAUGCCAAGUACGUCAUCAACAUAAUGAGGAAUGCAGCGACUUGAUCACCAUGGAGAAACGUAUCCAGUUCCCUAUUGAAAUGUCUAUGCCAUGGAUAUUGACUGAUCACAUAUUACGAAGUAAAGAACCAUCAAUGAUGGAGUAUGUUUUAUAUCCACUUGAUCUGUACAAUGAUAGCGCACUGUAUGCUCUAACAAUAUUUCGUAAACAAUUUCUUUACGAUGAAGUAGAAGCUGAGGUCAAUUUAUGUUUUGAUCAAUUUGUUUACAAACUUAGCGAACAAAUUUUUGCUCAUUACAAACAAUUGGCUGCAAGUAUAUUGCUGGAUAAAAGGUUCCGAGUUGAGUGCGUUGCUUUGGGGGCAUAUUUACUUCCAUACCCACGUGCCAACAGAUACGAAACUUUAUUAAAACAAAGACACGUUCAGUUAUUGGGACGAAGUAUUGAUUUGAACAAGUUAAUUACGCAACGUAUUAAUGCUGAUAUGCAAAAAUCAUUGGAUUUGGCAAUUAGUAAAUUUGAAUCCGGUGAUAUUACUGGAGUCGUGGAAUUAGAAGGACUUUUGCAAGUUAAUCGUCUUACUCACAAACUUUUAAGUAAAUGGCUUGCCUUGGAUGAAUAUGACGCAAUGUUUAGAGAAGCAAAUCAUAAUGUUCUAGCCCCGUAUGGAAGAAUCACGCUUCAUGUAUUUUGGGAACUAAAUUAUGACUUUUUACCAAAUUAUUGUUAUAACGCAGCAACAAAUAGGUUUGUAAAAUGUCGUGGACUUCAAUUUGUGCAACCAGUACAUAGGGACAAGCCUCCACAAAUGUCCCCCCACUACCUUUGGGGAAGUAAACAUUUAAAUUUAGCAUAUAGUACACAGUAUGGGCAAUAUUCAGGAUUUGUUGGUCCACAACACUUUCGUACAAUGUGUAAACUUCUUGGGUAUCAAGGUAUCGCAGUAGUGAUGGAAGAACUUUUGAAAAUUGUGAAGUCUUUAAUUCAAGGAAGCUUACAUCAAUUCACUAAGACUUUAAUGGAAGCAAUGCCAAAAGUCUGUAAGCUGCCAAGAUACGAUUAUGGAUCGCCGGGUGUUCUGGGAUAUUACCAUGCUCAAUUAAACGACAUUGUGCAAUAUCCUGACGCAAAAACCGAGCUGUUUCAUAAUUUUCGCGAGUUCGGUAACACAAUUUUAUUUUGUCUCUUAAUGGAACAAGCUUUAUCGCAAGAAGAAGUUUGCGAUUUAUUACAUGCAGCACCGUUUCAAAAUAUACUGCCUAGACCUUACUGCAAAGAGGGUGAGAAACCGGAAACCAAGCAAAAGCGACUUGAAGCUAAAUACGCAGCCUUACAAAUUGUUCCAAAUGUAGAUAAACUAGGUACAGCUAAGCAAGCAAUGAUUGCCAGGGAGGGCGAUUUAUUAACACGAGAACGGCUUUGUUGCGGUUUGUCGAUAUUUGAUGUGGUACUCGGUAGAUUGCGCAGUUUCUUAGAUGACCCUAUUUGGGUUGGCCCACCUCCUGCAAACGGAGUAAUGAAUGUCGAUGAGUGCACAGAAUUUCAUAGAUUAUGGAGUGCACUACAAUUCGUAUAUUGUAUUCCUGUUGGUGAAACAGAAUUUACUGUCGAGGAAUUAUUUGGCGAGGGCUUACAUUGGGCUGGAUGUGCUAUGAUAGUAUUACUUGGUCAGCAGAGGCGAUUUGAGGCUCUUGAUUUUUGUUAUCAUAUUCUGAGAGUACAACGUGUAGAUGGUAAGGACGAAAAUGUUAAAGGAAUUCAUUUGAAAAGAAUGGUGGAUAGAAUCAGAAGAUUCCAAGUAUUAAAUUCGCAAAUUUUUGCUGUAUUAAAUAAGUAUUUGAAGAGCGGGGAUGGCGAUGCAACAAGCGUUGAACACGUCCGAUGCUUUCCACCUCCUAUUCAUCCCUCGCUUGCUCAUGCACAGCAGCAACAUUAUCAUACGCCAGAAUACUUGCGUCAAAUGAAUCAUCAGUAA